AUGAUGGGUUCUGAGAGUAAGGAAGCGUCGGAGGAAAAAGUAGGCGGCAGAUACGUUUGUCCUCAUCCAGAUUGUGAGAAGACCUUCUCACGGUAUGAGCAUUUACAGAGGCAUAAGCUUAACCACUGGCCGAAGCAGAUAUUUCGGUGUGAAUAUGUUUAUCCUGACGAUGGGAUAGUUUGCAACCGGACUUUCGUUCGGAAGGAUUUGUUGGUGAGACAUCAGAGACGUCACACGAAUAACGGUGUUCGAAUGCAGAUGAAGGUGAGAAGAGAAUCUGGCAAAGAAAGAGCGGCGGGUGGGUCUAAAGCAGCGGCACCGCAGCUGCCGGAUACGGCGAGUGUCGCUGGUGUUGGACAGCAGCCACAACAGCAGAAAAAGGUGGAUCAUAUCGUACUUGAUGUGGGGGAUAAAAAGCACAAUAAGGCGAGCUCGGGUAGCGGACAUGCGGUUGGCCAUGACAGUAACUCUUUGCCCAAUAGCAGUAGUACGACAAGUAGUAGUAAUACUAGUCUGAAUGCUGGGUUUAACGCAAUGGGGCCAGCAUCAAACGGUAACUUGAACAGUUUCUUCAACUGGUUGUUCGCCGGUGGUGUAACUCAGGAUGCUACGCCUCAACAGAAUAGUAGGUUGGAUCAGCCAUCUGAUGCAGUGCCACCAACUGCGAAGUUGGAAGAUCCAUCAAUUUUGUGA